AAAGUCCUCCUGGCCGGGUUUAUCAUCUCGUUCAGUUUUUCUUUUACCCAGGUGCCCAUCUUCUACGUCUUCCAUCUGAUGGAGUGCGACGUCUACUACGAGACCCACCCGCCCUACACCGGCCCGGGCGACCGCUGCUCGCUGAACGAGAUCGCCGCGGGCACGGCGACGCAGUUCUCGCUGCUGGGCAUGAGCACCACCUUCUGCGGCACGCUGAACCUGUUUCUGACGGGCUGGACGGUGAAAAAAUGGGGCCCGCGCUUCGCCCUCGUCCUGCAGACUUUUAUACCGGCCAUCCGCGUCGCCACCCAGGUUCUCGGCGUCCUGGCUGGCGGCGCGGCCGGCGAGACUAUCAUCCAGAGCACCCAGCUCAUCACCAUCCUGGGCGGGCCUGCUGGGUACAUCCUCGUCGUGAACACUAUCGCUGGCGAGCUGGUCGAACCCAUGCAGAGGACGGCCGUCUUUGGGCAGCUGCAAGGCUGCAUCAUGCUGGGCCAGGCUAUUGGGUACCUUCUGGGCGGCAUGACGGGCGAUGCCUUUGGGAUUCGGAUGCCCUUCCAAGUUGCCUUCUUCCUCUUCUUAAUCUCAUCUGCCUACGCCAGAUUCGUCCUGCCGUUCAUCUCGCCCGAGUCGCUGUCGGAUGGGAAGAAGGAUACAGGACGAGGAGGCGGCGUCAGCGGGUUCCUCGCUCCUCUCAAGAUUAUGGCGCCCCAGCACGUUCGUCUCUUCAGUGGACGCGUCACCAAACACUAUGGCGUCCUCUUUCUCUGCUGUGGUAUCUUCUUGGGCGUCCUGGCGACCGGCUACGCGCCCCUCCUGAUUCAGAUGUACGCCACAGCAUACUUUGACUUUAGCCAGGCAGACAACGGCUGGCUCAUGAGUGGUAACGCGCUCAUGAGAAGUUUUUUCCUGUUUUUCAUCUUCCCUCGUAUCAUCUCUGCGGGUAGAAGCUGCGAUGAGGACCAAGAUGCCCUGGCGAGGAUCCCAUCACGCCCCGAGGAGCUGGAGGUACCCGUGGCUGGCAACCAGGCAGACCAAGAUCCGCUGGCGCUCGAGCAGUCGGAGCUCACGGAUGAGGAGGAGCGGACAGCCUGUCACUUCGACCUGUUCUUUCUGAGGUGGAGUCUGUUGGUCGAUGGCCUCUUGACUGCCGGUGCUGCAUUGUGCACACGGAAUUGGCAUAUAUACCUUGCUGCCUUCCUUCUACCAUUCGGCUCGGGUUCUGCACCAGCAGGCAAGGGUGUUAUUACCGAGAUGUGUUCCCAUUCCCAACGAACCGAUGCCCUGAACGCCGUCACUCUGGUCGAAAACAUUGCCAGAUUAGCAACGCAGGGAUUCUUCGGGUUCCUUUUCUCUGCGCUCGCCGAGACAGGGCAGGCCUAUCUGACAUUUUACGUGAAUGCCGCCGUUGCUAUAGUGGGCAUGGCUGUUUUGUAUCUGUCACACUUCCCU